UGUCAUUGGAUCCGGGGUAAGCUUUCGAGAAUAUCCCCAUCUUCAAUCAACUACCGAUCCAGACAAGCCGAACGAGAUGCGGGGGCGAGCGGAGGUUUACCUAGCCCAGAAUGCGGAAGUUUGGAGAUGUCUGACUUCAUUCUUCCGUCCUCGUGGCGAUUCAAUUGCUUAAAUACUGCUCUACGGCUCGAAUUGACUGAACGAGUAUCGCGCUGUCUUUAAACACUCGCGCUUCUUGAGCGAUCAAAGCAUUGCAAUCCGUCGUCAUGGCUGUUGUCGACAUCCUCUUCACCUGGUGGUCAAUCCCCAUUGCCGCAGGUGUCCUCAUCGCCACGUAUCUCUACUCAUACUUUGUGACCUAUGGGCAUCUGAGAGAUAUCCCAGCGCCUUUCCCGGCGCAGUUCACGAAUCUGUGGCUUCUCUACGUCUGCAGGCGUGGUGGACGAUAUCGCGUCGUGGAUGAGAUUCACAAGAGAUUGGGUCCUGUCGUACGAAUCCAGCCCAACCACACUUCCAUCGCGGAUCCUGAUGCGAUCGCAACCAUUUACGGCCACGGAAAUGGCUUCUUGAAAUCGUGAGUAUCGCGCAGCUUCACGUCUUCUCAUAGCUAAUGAGCGACAGUGAUUUCUACGACGCUUUUGUUUCAAUUCGACGAGGUCUCUUCAACACUCGUGAUCGCGCUGAGCACACACGAAAGCGCAAGCUCAUCUCUCACGUCUUUUCCGCCAAGUCAAUCAGCCAAUUUGAGCCUUAUAUCCACGCCAACCUUGAACUUUUUGUCAAACAGCUCGACAAACUUGUCGUAUCAGGCCAGACUACCGAUAAGAAUGGAAAGCGACAAGCGCUUAUUGAUUGUCUCCCGUGGUUCAACUACCUCGCAUUUGAUGUCAUCGGCGACCUUGCUUUUGGUGUACCCUUCGGCAUGCUCGCAAAUGGCGCCGACGUAGCUGAAGUUCGAGAGACGCCCGACAGCGCGCCUAUUUAUGCAUCCGCGAUUGAGAUUCUGAACAGAAGAGGUGAGGUCAGCGCGACGUUGGGUUGCUGGCCGCAAUUGAAGCCGUAUGCAAAAUGGUUGCCCGACCCGUUUUUCAGCAACGGCCUCAACGCAGUCAAGAAUCUUGCGGGAAUCGCGAUCGCGCGCGUCAAGGCCAGAUUGGAUAACCCACCAUCCGUUGAGCGAAAAGAUCUUCUCGCGCGACUCAUGGAAGGCAGAGAUGAGAAGGGUGAGCCGUUGGGUCGCGAGGAAUUGACAGCCGAAGCUUUGACGCAGCUCAUCGCCGGCAGUGACACCACGUCCAAUUCGUCAUGCGCUCUACUUUAUCACGUCACACGAACUCCCGGCGUUCUCGAGAAGCUACAGGCCGAGCUUGACGAGGCGAUCCCCGCUGACGUAUCGGUCCCUACGUACGACAUGGUUCGCGACCUAACCUAUCUCAACAACGUCAUCAGCGAAACCCUCCGAUAUCAUUCGACAUCCGGCAUCGGCCUUCCGCGCCAAAUUCCAGACAACUCCCCCGGCGUCACGAUCAAGGGUCAUUAUUUCCCGCCCGGCAGCGUGCUGAGCGUGCCGACGUACACACUGCAUCACUCGAAGGAGAUCUGGGGCCCUGACGCAGAUGACUUUAAGCCUGAGCGUUGGGAUAGUGUGAAUAACCUGCAAAAGACUGCGUUUAAUCCGUUUAGUCAUGGGCCGAGGGCGUGUGUGGGCAGGAAUGUCGCGGAGAUGGAGAUGAAGUUGAUCGCGGCGACGUGGGCGAGGAGAUACACGCCGGAGUUGAAGCAGGAGGUUAUGGAGACACGCGAGGGGUUCUUGAGGAAGCCAUUGGGGUUGGACAUCGCGCUUAAGAUGAGGUAGAUAGUAAACAAGUCACACACGAGGUACAUAGCUUUUUAAGAGAAUCUGGUGCAACACACAGUUCAGCCC